AAAAUAAUUUGUACAAUAUCAGAAUGUGUGGUCUUUGACCAAAAUUGAUUGCGUAUACAGGUGAUAGGUGGUAAUGGUAUAUAAUCUUUUUUUUGUAUUUCGUCUCUGUCGUCCGUUGCAUUAAAAUACCUAUUACAACCAGUCUUACGUAGGCAGUUUUUCUACUAUAUUUCUAUUAAUUUUCAGUGUAUUCCUAUACUGUGUGGACAUCGCAAUGGUACUGUUAAACAAAUGUAUACUAAUAUGUGUUAUAUUGCAUUCAACAUUUGGAUAUCCACAAUACCGUAAGUUCCCUAUUUCACUAUAUUAAUAAUACUUCCUAUUAAUGGGUUAAAACACGUCUAAUUUUCCAUACGUUUUAGACAAACGGUAAGAAAUUAUUCAUAUUUUCCAAAGGCUGAUUUUAAUUUUUAAUGUAUGUAUGAAUUAAUGAACAAAUUGAUUAAAUAGUUGAUGAUAAAAGAUAAAAAUUAGUUUUCAAAUUUUAUAAAAUUGGACCAAAUUUUUUAACUCCCUUGACUAAUACUAUUUUUAAAAAUGCGUAUUUUAAUAUUCUUAAACACGAUUUGUACGUUUCAAAUAAGUUCAUAUUACAAUGUUAUAUAAUGGAGACAAUCACGACACAUUCACAAUCCUUCCAUUAUCAUACGCAAUAGUAUUAAUAUCCUAGUUUCUCGUCUGUAACAACUUUUUCAACGAUUUAACUUUAAUGGAACGUAUUGCAACCUAUUAGGCGAUUUAAAGAACGUUAGUUAUAGUAACGAUGUUGUAACAUAAUAGUAAAUUUAUUUUUGUCAAAUAAAAACUACUCAAUAAAUUAAUAAUAAAUGUGUACAGUUUGUGUUGAAACAUACAUAAGUACUUUUUUAAUGCCUAAUAUAUUAAUAAUAUGUAUAAAUUUAAUAAUAAUAAGCACAAAUUGUAUACCUACGGAAAUUUCUGGUUAAGUGAUGUAUAAUUAUAAUUAUAUUGUUACAUAAUUUUUAUUUUGUAUUAAUCAGAAAUUUAAUUUAUAUUUAAUGGGUAUUAAUAUUAUUUUCUGCAAAAUUUCAAAAUAUUAGUAUUAUUAUUAUUACUUAUAGUAAUAAUAUAAUGAAUCAAAAUAUUGUAUAGAAUAUAGCUAAACAUUUAAUAUACAAGACUAAUAUCAAUUUUAAUUUAAUUUUAUGACAUAACUUCAGCUCAGUAAAAAUUAUACCUAUAGGUAACACUUAGUAAUAUUUUACUAAUUAUAAGUUUAUAACUUGUAACUCUGGGAAAUAAAUAAUAUCGUACAUUAGAGUUAAUAAUUAUUUACUACACAUAAUAUUAAUUUUUAAAUACUCGUUAAUUCGAUCAAUAAUAGAAUCAACGGUACGCAGUAAGAAAAUUAUUUUCGUAAAUUUUCCCAUUUCUUUACGAAUUUUUUGCUUUUGCUCAAUAAUUAAAUUCUCUGUCGGAGCAAUAUUAAUGAUAGAAAAUAUAAAUCAUACAAAUUUUAAAUAAUGAAAUCGUUGUAUUGUGUGUAGUAAUUUGAAAAAAUCGUACUUUUCGUUUUUUUUUUUUUGUUUUCCCAAUUAUUUUGAAAAAUACUUUAUAUAUCAAAAAACGACUAUUUUUAUCAGUGGCGAUUUAUUAAAAGUAACUAAAUUGAUCUCUUCUCAUUUUUCGAUUAGAGCAAUAUUUCCUGUAAAUAAUAUAAGUUACACAAAUUAAAAACUAUAAAAUCAGUAUCGGCAUGCCGUAAAUAUUUGCCGUUUUACCUAUAAUUUUCUUUUGGGUUUUACCCAAUUAUUUCAAAAACCUCUUGAAAAAUCAAAAAUUAAUCUUUCUGAUGUAUCAACAACCUUUUAUUUCCGAAAAGGUACCACACUUUAUACUUUACAGCAAGAUUUUUUUCGACAAUUUGUUUACAGACAGAAAAAAUAAAGCACUCAUAAUAAUAAAACCAAUCGAUCCCUCCCUACGCAUAGAUAGAUCCUUCGCAACUCUUAGAAUCCAAAAUCUUUGGAAUUAUAAUUUUCUAUAUAGAUUAUAGAUAUACACUACCUAAUAGCUAAUACAGAUACUAUAUACUAUACACAAUAUACAUACGUGAUAUGUCAUAAAUCAUAAUACAUAAAUUCUAUAAAAUUGAAUAAAAAAGUUAUUAUAAAUAUUAUUUUACACAGACAAAUUUGUAGUGAAGUUAAUACAUUUACAUAUUUCACAUAUUAAACUUCUUUUUACCAUUUUAGCACAAAAUUACAAUGAAUCGUCAACAACGGAAAAUAUUUCUUCAAGUAUUCAAGGAGAACUUAAGAAAAUAACAUCGCCUACAGAAGACUAUUCAAUAUCAUCAAAGCCGCCUGAUGUUUCAUUUGCAGACACCAACAAUAAUAUUUCUUCCCCUACAGAUAUUUCAACUGUACCUACCAGCCCUGGAGAAAAUUCAUCUUUGGCGCAAACUCCUACAGAUAAUUCAAAUUUAUCCUCCAGCACUGAAGUAUACUUGCCACCAUCGCUAACAGCUACACAAGUUCCAAACACAACAAUGACACCGGUAAUAUAUUCUACGUUACCACAAAUUCCAACAGAAAUUCUAAACGUAUCCCCGAGUUCUGAAAUAUAUUCAUCUUCACCACAAACUCCUACAGAUAUUCCGAUCAUAUCUUCUAGCUCUGAAUUAUACCCAUCAACACAAGCUCCGACAAAAAUUCUAGACACGAAAUUGGACUCUGAAUUAGAUUAUUUUUCACCACAAACUUCGACAGAUAUUCCGAUUAUAUCUUCUAGUUCUGAAGUAUAUUUAUCUACACCAAACACUCCUUCAGAAAUUGUAAACACAAAAUUGGACUCUGCAGUGUAUUCAUCUUCACCACAAACUCCGAAAGAUAUUCCGAUUAUAUCUUCUAGCGCUGAAGUAUAUUUAUCUACACCGAAAACUCCUUCAGAAAUUGUAAACACAAAAUUGGACUCUGCAGUAUAUUCAUCUUUACCACAAACUCCGACAGAUAUUCUUAACACAAGAUUUAACUCUCAAGUGAAUUCAUCUUUACCACAAAUACCUAUAGAUAUUCCAAUAACAUCUUUUAACUCUGAAUUACACGAAGCGCCAUUAUCAACUACUACAGGAAUUCCAAAACCAUUUUUAAGCCCUGUAUUAUAUGCAUCUACACUACCAACUACUAGAUACAUUUCAAACACAGCCAGCUCUGGUUUAUAUCCAUUAUUUUUACCGACUAAAACAAAAUAUAUUUCUUCGGUAACUUUAAGGUCUGGAAUUUAUGCAUCUCCUACACCAACUACUAUAAGACCAAUUUCGACCAUACCUUCUAACAUUCCGAGAUAUACAAGCAUAGCUGUGCCAAAAAUAUCUAAACAAAUUGAAAUAACAACUUCAAAUUCUAAAGCGCAAUAUGCCCCGACGACGCCGUCUACAAUACGAAAAAUUCCAAAUACACUAACGUACUAUAGUAAAUUCCCAACUCCAUCUAUAAGAGUCACACAACCACCCUAUUCACAGAUUUUUUCAAAUUCAUCGAGGACACGGUUAAACGUAAAACUAUGCCAAGAAUUUUUCCCCCAUUAUUAUUUGUGUGAUACUCCGAAAGCUACAUACGUAAUAUAUAUGCCUAAUAAAAUGUCUAAAAUGAAUCCAAUAAUAUUAUAAUAUUCUAAUGAUACAUUGUAAACCGUUAUCGAAAAUCACUUAUAUUAUGUCAUUGUCUAAUUGAAUUCUAUUUAAAUAGUUGUAUGAUUAUCAUAAAUCUCUAACAUGUAUUAGACUUAAUAUGUAUCUAAAUAUUUAUAUUAUUUUUUUUUUAUAUAUUUCUAUUAUAAUUUCCAUCGUAUAUUAUAAUAUACAAUUAUUUUAUUUUAAUACACACCCUUAACUAUUAUACACAUUAAGAGUAUACUUCAAUGUUAAAUAUGUCAUUGCUAUUAGUUCUGGGUGCCAGUUGAUUUAUAUUCAUUUUCCGUUCUUAAACAUCUAGACGGUUUAAUGGCGAUAAACAAUAUAAUAAAAACGUCUUCUUCGAACUUUUUCUUGUAAAUAAUAAUGCAAAAUACGCAUAAUGAACGGGUCAUAUUUCCUGUCUGGAGUAGUCUGUGUGUAUGCGUAAAUUUAUACUAUUUCACAAUUUUUGGCAUGCUCCUCCAACUGGAUAAACAGAAUAGAUGUAGAAUUAUUAUUUAAGAUAAAAUUAUUCAGUUGGAGGAUUAAACAAAAUAACGGAUGAACAGUAUCCUUUUUUUUAUUUAUAUAUUUCUAUAAUGUGCAUAGUAUAUUUUACAUGUGUAGACAUCAAUAUAUUAUCACUUUGCAUACCUAUUAUUAUUAAUACUAUAAAAAAUAUAUUAUUGAAUUGUUCUCAUUUGCCUAUUUAUGUAAUAAUACGUCGACAAAUUUUAAGAUAAUACUUUUUCUCACUAAAACUUACAUUUGUUAAAAAUGUUUUUAUAUCAAAAACUUUGUUUGAAAAAAAUUAUUUGUUUACGAAAAUAACGUAUAACGUAUAGGUACUAAAAUAAACAAAAUUAAGCUUAGUAAAUUAUUUACCUAGCCUCGAUUAUAAAAAUUAUACAAUUUGGUUAUAAUAUUAUAAAAGUAGCAGAUAUCAAUAACUAAUAGUGUUCGUUACACAAUUUAAAGAAAAUAAUAUUCUAAACUAAAAUAUCGUAAUCGUGUCAAAUUAAUGCCUAAUGCAUUGUUCAAAUUCUUAAACAAAAAAUGUAUUAAAUUGUUAUAAUUUAUCGAAAAUUCCAUCACACAGCAUGCAUCUAAUUAUUAUAACGCAGUCUAGAUAAAAUACUAUUUUGAAAUUACUAUAAUAAAGUUAGAUUUAAGUAACAUGUUUUCAUGUAAAUUUUAAGUUAGACAUUUUUUAAAUAGGAAAUAGUUUUUGUUAUUACUUAUUUCUUUUAUUUAUGUUAUUCGAUAUCUAUAUUGGAUUAAAUAUCUUUAUAUAUAUAUAUAAUAUAGAUACUUGUUUUAACCCUAAAUAAAAUAUGUGUAAAACGACCCGUGACUAAAAUAUUCCAUACAAAUAUAAAUUUAUUUUUGACCAUUUGUAUAAUAUUAAAAAAAAUAUGUGCUUUGUGCAAAAAAAAUAUGUAACAAAAUAAAAAGAUAUAUACACAUAUUAAAAUAAAUAUGGACUUGACAUUAGAUUUUUGAAAAUUAAUUAAUUUUAUUCAAGUAUCAAUUUAUCUUUUUACAUAAUUUUGAAAAUUUGUUUUAACCUUCUUACUCCAAACAACAGAAAUAUCGAAUUACUGUAACAACAAUAAAUGCAUGUAUUGUAUU